AUGGCAACAUUCCCGGGAAGAGCACAAGGGCAGUUGGCUUUCGAUGAAUAUGGAAGACCGUUUAUCAUAUUAAGAGAUCAAGAGAAAAAGAAGCGCCUAUGUGGUAUACAGGCACACAAGUCCCACAUAAUGGCAGCGAAAACAGUUGCAGGCACCCUGAGAACAUCUUUGGGUCCUAAGGGUUUAGAUAAAAUCCUUGUCAGUCCAGAUGGAGACAUAACUGUUACUAACGAUGGACGAACAAUUCUCGACAAAAUGGAUGUGGAGCAUGAAAUUGCUAAAUUACUUGUUCAACUUAGUAGAUCUCAAGAUGAUGAAGUAGGAGAUGGUACUACUGGUGUUGUUGUUCUCGCUGGUGCACUUUUGGAACAGGCUGAACAGUUGCUUGACAAAGGUCUUCAUCCCAUUCGCAUAGCAGAUGGUUACGAAUUGGCUGCAAAACAUUGUCUUUCUACCCUUGAAGAAAUCAGUGUUAAAUUUGAAUUUUCUACUGAGAAUAGAGAACCUCUCAUUAAAACUGCUAUGACUACUCUUGGAUCAAAAAUAGUCAAUCGUUGCCAAAGGAUGUUUUCUGAAAUGGCAGUUGAUGCUGUUUUAUCAGUUGCUGAUUUAGAACGUCGUGACGUUGAUUUCGAACUCAUCAAAGUCGAAGGGAAAGUUGGUGGAAGACUUGAGGACUCAUUGUUAGUAAAAGGCGUGAUUGUCGACAAGGACUUUUCUCAUCCUCAAAUGCCACGGUCAGUAGAAAAUGCCAGACUAGCGAUUCUUACUUGCCCGUUCGAACCACCAAAACCAAAAACGAAGCACAACUUGUUUGUAAGCUCAACUGAGGAUUAUCAUAAGUUACGGGAUUAUGAACAAAAGAAGUUCGAGGAAAUGGUAAAAAAGGUUAAGGACACUGGUGCUAAUUUGGUUAUUUGUCAAUGGGGUUUCGAUGAUGAAGCUAAUCAUUUACUUUUACGUGAGAAGCUACCAGCUGUUCGGUGGGUUGGUGGUCCUGAAAUAGAAUUGAUUGCAAUAGCUACAGGUGGAAGAAUUGUUCCCAGAUUUGAGGAAUUAACCAAAGAAAAACUUGGCAAGGCUGGAAUAGUACGUGAACUUUCAUUCGGUACCACUAAAGAACGUAUGCUUGUAAUUGAGCAGUGUGAAAACUCAAAAGCAGUAACCUGUUUUAUACGCGGCAGUUCUCGAAUGAUUGUGGACGAAGCUAAACGUUCUUUGCAUGAUGCGCUUUGUGUUGUUCGCAAUUUGGUUCGUGACUCUCGAGUUAUUGCUGGAGGUGGUGCUUGUGAAAUUGCAUGCGCCUUGUCAGUUGCCGCUGAAGCUGACAAAGUUCAGGGUCUUGAGCAGUAUGCUAUGCGAGCCUUUGCUGAUGCCUUAGAAGCGAUCCCAAUGGCUUUAGCUGAGAAUUCAGGUUUGUCACCAAUUGUUACAGUCGCCGAACUAAAAGCACGGCAGUUGUGCGACAAAAACCCUCGUCUUGGAGUAGAUUGUCUAAAUGUUGGUACCAAUGACAUGUACCAUCAGAACGUCCUCGAAACGUUGAGUUCCAAGCGUGCUCAAAUCAUGUUAGCCGUCCAACUUUGCAAAAUGAUACUGAAAAUUGAUGACAUUCGUGUUUCUGUUGAUGAAUUAUAAGCGUUCCUUUUUAGGAUCAUUUUUGGAAUCAAUAUGUAAAGGUUUAUUUAUGAUCAAAUAUAAAUGGCAAACUUAAGUCAUAA